AUGGGAAACUCGAAUUCUGAAUUCGCCUUACGUCAAGGCAUCGUCCUACCUACGCUGACAGUCUUGCAGCUCCCCAAGUUUUGGAUUGCAGCAACGAUACUGCUAAUUUGCGCAAUAUCUGCGCGAUUGGCCUACUUGGCCUUCUUCCAUCCUCUCUCACAAUACCCAGGGCCGAGAUUAUGGGCGAUCUCACGCCUCCCAUGGGCAUGGCACGUUAUCAGAGGUGAUAUAUGGGAGCCGCUGGACAGAUUCCAUGAUCAAUAUGGACCUAUCGUCCGAAUUGCUCCUGACGAGCUGACUUAUAUAUCUCCUGAUGCGUGGAAGGAGAUAUAUGCAACACGGCCCCAAUUGCUUAAGGAUCCUCGCAGCCAAACUCCUCCGCUGAAUGGCGCAGACUCGCUCUUCACGGCCGUCGGGGAUGACCACAGACGGAUCCGCGGAGCUUUUAUCAACGCCUUUUCCGAUAAAGCCCUGAGAGACCAGUCAACCCUCAUCGAAAAUUAUUCAGGCCAGUUUAUUGAAAGACUGAAGGCUGAGCUCGUUGAUAACCCGUCUCACGUUGUCAAUAUUCAGCGGAUCAUCGGCUAUGCUGCGUUCGACAUCAUCUCUGAUUUGACCUGGGGCGAGUCUCCUAAGGCGUUGAGGAUGAGCGGCGAUCAUAACUGGAUCCACAGGUUCUUUCUCCAUGCUCAGUUCAGCACAGUCCGCAAUUGUCUCACUCGAUUCUCCCCACUGGACAAGAUCCUCAGCUAUUUCUUCCUGCGCAUCACAUCAAAGCAACGAAUAGCUAACGCGAAGCUAACUUCGGCCCGAAUCGAUCGUCGACUGGCCGCAGGCCACACGCGCUCGGAUUUCAUGACUCCUAUCAUCGGCAAGAUCAGCGAGGAUGGUCGCAAAGGUAUCACCAAGAAUGAAGUGCUGACGAACGGUCUGGCAGCCGUGAUUGCAAAUUCGCAGCUUUCGACCAUCGCCAUGACCACGGCUACAUACCUACUCCUACAAUACCCACACCAUUUCCAACACCUGGCCAAAGAAAUUCGCAAUGCGGGCUUCGAACAUGAGACGGAUAUCAAAGUCUCCUCAACACAAUCCCUCCCAUACCUCGACGCAGUUAUCAAUGAGGCCCUGCGUUUGCACCAUCCCACGCCAGGAAGCCUGCCAAGAAUUGCACCAAAGGACGGGUUGGUAAUUGGUGGCAAAUAUGUGCCUGGAGGGACGGUAGUCGGCGUCAAUCUCCACAACGUCCACAAUCGAUCCGAAAACUUCUACAAGCCACGAGAAUUUCAUCCCGAGAGGUUCUUGGGCAAGAAUGAUCCAAGGUAUAGUGCGGUGUUUGAGGGUGACCGUAAGGAGGCGUUCCAGCCGUUCUCGAUGGGUCCUAGGAAUUGCAUUGGUGCUAAAGUCUUCUUAGCGGAGGCACGAGUAGUUCUCGCACGGUUAAUCUGGACCUUCGACAUGCUGCUAGCAGAGCCGGAAGCGUUAACUUGGCUUGACCAGAAGGCAUGGCUAGUCUUUGAACCGAAACCUCUAAGGGUUAAGUUAUAUGUAAGAUAA